AUGUCUGGACGUGGCAAACAAGGAGGGAAGGUUCGGGCUAAGGCAAAGACCCGCUCAUCCCGGGCAGGACUCCAGUUCCCCGUCGGUCGUGUACACAGGCUUCUCCGCAAAGGGAACUACGCCGAGAGGGUGGGCGCCGGUGCUCCGGUCUACCUUGCCGCUGUGCUGGAGUAUUUAACUGCUGAGAUCCUGGAAUUGGCCGGUAACGCCGCCCGGGACAACAAGAAGACCCGCAUCAUCCCCCGUCACCUGCAGCUGGCCGUGCGCAAUGACGAGGAGCUGAACAAGCUGCUGGGUGGGGUGACCAUCGCCCAGGGAGGCGUCCUGCCCAAUAUCCAGGCCGUGCUGCUGCCCAAGAAGACCGAGAGCAGCAAAGCGGCCAAGAGCAAGUGAUCACCGCUUAUCCCAGAUCAUCCCGAACACCAAAGGCUCUUCUUAGAGCCACCACAUUGUCUCCUACAGAGCUG